GUAGCAUUUAUUUGUAGGCAACGAUUGCAAGCGCAGCAUCAAACGGAAACGGAAGUUGACAAUUGAAGUACCGUAAGUUGGUUGUUGGUAACAUCACACAGUGGGGUGCUUUGUGGGCAUAACAAACACACGCACAAACACACCAGCCUACAUUCGCACACACAUUCUCGUCAUACUUUGCCAACUGCAAUGCUGAGCUUCAUCGUACUUUUGCAAUUACUCACCUCAUUUAACCGAUUGAGUGCCCUCGAAAUGCCUCUGGAGUUACUACACGAAGGCCUCAACAAUAUUCCCAAAUCAAUGGAUUAUCCGCGUCCCAUUGUAUACCCCACUCAGAACGAGGCGUCUGUGGAAAUGCCACCCAAUGUGGAGGAGGAAUUUGACGUGACAACCAAAGGUUCUGGCGGUGAGGAAACGGACUACUCCGAUGAGGAAUCCAACGCUCGGAUGGGCAUACCGAAAUGGAUGGAUCAACACGGCGUCCAUCAGCAUCACCCGGAACAUUUCAACUACCACCACGGCGCCAUUCAGCAGUCGCAGCACAAACACGCAAAACAUCAUCACACCCACAAGGCAGUGCACGCCACGCCCGUCUCCUCCGCGCCCCUCAGGCGCUGUUCCAUUGAAGUAUCCAGCAAAAUACCUGGUAUUUGCCAGGCGUUGGGCUCCAUUGGAAAUGCUUGCGUUUCGGGUGACUACAUCGAUGUUUUCAACGCUGAGUGCUUGUAAUGGCAGCACUGCAGCUAACGGCGCCUGCAGGAUUAAACUUUUGGGGAUUAUUUUCCUUUGUCACUUGAGUCGCGUUUCAAAAACAACAACACCCCCCGCACCACACUUACCUCCGGUCCAAUCCUCCGCUUGAUAACAAUACCCAUUAAGAUAGACACUUGUAAUUUAUUUCUUUAAAUGCCGCUUUUGUAAUGUUUUCUCUUGAUAACGCUCCAAAUAAAAAUAAACAAAAAUAAA